AUGGCGUUCGGCGAUCCCGAGGCGGUGCGGGUGACGGGGGAGGUGCGGCUGAGUGCGGACGAGUCGCACUUGUUCAGCACUCUGAGGGACGUGGUGUCGCACUACGGACUGGGCACACAGCUGCGCGUGGCGGGUGGAUGGGUGCGCGAUAAGCUGAUCGGGCGCGACUGCAUAGACAUUGACAUAGCUCUGGACAACCUGCUGGGGAGGGAGUUUGCAGAGAAGGUCACCGAAUACCUCAAGGAGCGAGGGGAGGUCGUGCGGGGCGUGGGGGUCAUCCAGAAGAACCCCGACCAGUCGAAGCACCUGGAGACGGCAACGAUGAUGAUUCACGGCAUGUGGAUCGACUUUGUGAACCUGCGGGCCGAGGAGUACGCCCACGACUCCAGAAUCCCUCACACCAUUGAGUUUGGGACAGCAGAGGAGGAUGCUCUGAGAAGGGAUUUGACGAUCAACAGCAUGUUUUACAACAUCAGCACGGAGCAAAUCGAGGACCCCACUGGGCGAGGAAUCGCUGACCUGAAUGGGGGCAUCAUUCGCACGCCUCUCCCUCCCCACCAGACCUUUCUCGACGACCCUCUCCGAGUGCUUCGGGCUGUCAGGUUCGCUGCCCGAUUCGGCUUCUCAUUGGACGAGGAGUUGCGGGCAGCUGCAGCUUCGGAGGAGGUUCGGACAGCGCUAGGAAACAAAGUCAGCAAAGAGAGGAUCGGAAAAGAGGUGGAGCUGAUGCUGAAAUCACGCGAUCCCUACGCAGCUAUAUCUUUGGUGGUCGACCUCAACCUCUUCCCCACCGUCUUCCCGCUCCCCCACGCCCCCUCGCACACUGCUGAUGUGCCCCCUGACGACGAGUUACCUGGCCUCUGUGAAGCUUCAUUUGCAGCCACUUGCACACGCCUGCACCAAUGGGAGAAACACCUGCCCCAGGCUCUGAUUGAUCACUUGUCGGACCUUAGUGUGGGGCUGCUGCUGGCGGCGCUGCUGAUGCCUCUCAGGCACGCCCACUACCUGGAUAAGAAGAAGAAAGAGGUGCCAUUUGCACAACACAUUGUUUUGGACUCACUCAAGCUCAAACGAGCAUAUGCUGACAUGGUGGUGCUGCUGCAUGCAGCAGCGGAGGACUUCACUGCCCUGGCGCCCCUGCUGGCCACAGCAGGGGCAGAGGGAGCAGGGGCAGCAGUAGGAGGAGUGGGUGAUGAAGCUCGAGCUCUCACGCUGAUCCAACCCCCACAUGAGGAGUUCCGAGGCAACCCAAGAGUGCUGGCAGGUGCGCUGGGUGCUGGCAGGCAAGCUCCUCCGCAAGGUGAAGGGCUGCUGGCCGUCCGCUGUGCUGCUAGCGUCCACUCUGCCCCUUGCUCUGAAGCCCUUCUUCCCAAACCCCCCCUGCUGCCCCCCUUCACUCAAAUCCACCUGUCCUUCGAAAUCCCCUCUCCUCCCUCCCCAGGCAAGCUGCUCCGCAAGGUGAAGGGCUGCUGGCCAUCCGCUGUGCUGCUGGCCUCGACUCUGCCGCCCGUUUCAUCGGCCGCCCGCAGUGAACAGUGUGGGCGGGAGGGGGAGGGGGCAAAGGGGGAGAGAGGCGAGGGAGAGAGGGAAGAGGAGGAUUGCAAGAGGAGGCGGAUGGAGGGGAAGGAAGGGGGUGCAGGAGAGGAUGUGGGGAGUGGAAGGAAGGGGUGUGAGCAGAGCGAGUUUUAUCUGCAAGUUCUACAAGCGGUGCAUGCCAUGGGUAUGUACUUGUAUUGA